GGCUGGAGGCCGCCAUUUUGAAUGUGAGCUGCGGGCGCCGGGUUCCCCUGUUCGAGGAGCAGCCGCUCUACGAUCGCUCCGGCUGAGGAUGCCAGCCCCCAUCAGAUUAAGGGAGCUAAUCCGGACUAUCCGGACAGCCAGGACGCAGGCUGAGGAACGGGAGAUGAUACAAAAGGAAUGUGCUUCAAUUCGUUCUUCAUUCAGAGAAGAAGAUAACACCUAUCGUUGUCGAAAUGUGGCAAAAUUAUUGUAUAUGCAUAUGCUAGGAUAUCCUGCACACUUUGGACAGUUGGAGUGCCUAAAAUUGAUAGCCUCACAAAAGUUUACAGACAAGCGUAUUGGUUACCUGGGUGCGAUGUUAUUGCUCGAUGAACGGCAAGAUGUCCACUUGCUCAUGACAAAUUGUAUUAAAAAUGAUUUGAAUCAUAGUACUCAAUAUGUUCAAGGUCUGGCACUCUGUACACUUGGCUGCAUGGGAUCAUCAGAGAUGUGUCGAGAUCUUGCAGGAGAAGUGGAAAAACUACUAAAGACAUCCAACUCAUACCUAAGAAAAAAGGCAGCAUUGUGUGCAGUGCAUGUAAUUAGGAAAGUGCCGGAACUCAUGGAAAUGUUUCUACCAGCUACAAAAAAUCUGCUGAAUGAAAAAAAUCAUGGUGUACUUCACACAUCCGUUGUUCUUCUUACUGAGAUGUGUGAACGAAGUCCUGAUAUGUUAGCACACUUCAGGAAAAAUGAAAAGUUGGUUCCUCAGCUUGUUCGAAUCCUGAAAAAUCUUAUCAUGUCUGGUUACUCACCAGAGCACGAUGUCUCUGGCAUUAGCGAUCCGUUUCUUCAGGUUCGAAUAUUACGGUUAUUACGAAUGUUAGGCAGAAAUGAUGAUGACUCAAGUGAAGCUAUGAAUGACAUUCUUGCACAGGUUGCAACAAAUACAGAAACCAGCAAAAAUGUGGGUAAUGCAAUUUUAUAUGAAACCGUUUUGACAAUUAUGGACAUCAAGUCAGAGAGUGGACUAAGGGUUUUAGCCAUCAAUAUCUUGGGACGAUUCUUGCUAAACAAUGACAAAAAUAUUAGGUAUGUGGCACUAACAUCGCUGCUCAAAACUGUCCAAACAGAUCAUAAUGCAGUCCAAAGGCAUAGAAGUACAAUAGUGGACUGUUUGAAGGACUUGGAUGUGUCUAUUAAACGGCGUGCAAUGGAACUGAGCUUCGCUCUUGUAAAUGGGAAUAACAUUAGAGGAAUGAUGAAGGAAUUACUCUAUUUCCUGGAUUUAUGUGAUCCUGAUUUCAAAUCUGAUUGCGCAUCGAGCAUCUUUCUUGCAGGAGAAAAAUAUGCACCAUCCAAGAGGUGGCACAUUGACACCAUCAUGAAAGUCUUAACAACAGCUGGAAGUUAUGUAAGAGAUGAUGCAGUGCCUAACUUGAUCCAGUUGAUAACAAACGGUGUUGAAAUGCAUGCCUAUACUGUACAGAAACUUUACAAAGCAGUCUGGGAAGACAUCUCUCAGCAACCUCUUGUACAAGUCGGUGCUUGGUGCAUGGGAGAGUAUGGUGAUCUUUUAGUUUCUGGCCAAUGUGAAGAAGAAGAGCCUAUUCAGGUGACGGAAGAUGAAGUUAUGGAUGUAUUAGAAAAUGUUCUACAGUCUAGCAUGUCAACAUCUGUAACAAGGGGAUAUUCGCUCACUGCAAUUAUGAAAUUAAGCACAAGAUUUACUGUAAAUGUCAAUCGAAUCAGAAAAAUAAUAUCUAUCUAUGGAAGCAGCAUAGAUGUGGAACUUCAGCAAAGAGCAGUUGAAUACAAUGCACUUUUCAAAAAAUUUGAUCACAUGAGGUCAGCACUGUUGGAGCGAAUGCCUAUAAUGGAAAAGAUAACAACUAAUGGACUCACAGAAAUUGCACAGAUUAAUGGAGAGGCAGAACCCAUAAUAGUGGAUGCUAAAUUAGCAUCAAUUACGAUUCAACCUUCCAACCAGGCUAAUGACCUACUGGAUUUGCUUGGAGGUUCUGAUGUGACGCCAGUGAUUCAGACUCUCCCACCCAGUAAACCAAACUCAGUUGGAGGAGAACUUCUGGAUCUGCUGGGAGGGCUGGAUUUAUCAGGUGGCACCUUGCCAUUAGGUGGCCAAGCUCCACAAUUCUCACAGACACCAUUUCUAUUGGAUAAUUUAGCAUCUCAGCCAGUCUUCAAUGAUCUAAGUUCAGGCAUUCCUCCUGUUACAGCAUACAGUAAAGGUGGUUUAAACAUUGAUUUUAACUUUGAACGUUCCAAUACAAAUCCUAAUGUAACUGUUGUUACUAUAAAUGCUACCAACUUGACAGAAGAGGACAUGAUGGACUUUGUAUUUCAAGCUGCAGUACCAAAGACAUUUCAACUGCAGCUUCUUUCUCCGAGUAAUAACAUAAUUCCAGCACGAAGUGCAGGAGCUGUUACACAGGUCAUUAAAGUGCUUAAUCCUCAGAAGCAACAGCUUCGUAUGAGGAUCAAGGUGACAUAUAACCUCAACGGAUCACCGGUGCAAGAUUUAGCAGAAGUAAAUAACUUCCCCCCUCAAUCGUGGCAGUGAUAUUUGUUUUUGGAUGGCAAGACCCCUCUUUUCCACCAAUGGAUUUUGGUAAAUCAUUAGGAAGAUCGUAUCCUAAGCGUGCCUCCAUGCACAUCUUAAUAUGUCCUGAAUGUGGGAUACAAAAGUAAUGAACAACUCUGAGGAUUAUCAUGCCUACAAUUGCUAUUGAUUUUUCGAAACCUACCUAUGUUAGUCUCUAUCAACAUCAAGGUCAUUGUUGGCGUAUCAGCUCGUGGUAUGCACUACACAUUGUUCCUGCUUUACGCUACUGAUCUUUGCAGAACAGAACUUAGAACAAUUGCACAGAUGUAAUCCACUUAGUGCUACCCUAGAGUCAAUAAACGUUCAGUGGGUUUACAAGAUUUCGGAGUCAAGAUAGCAAAAAGCUAUCAUUUGUCUCUUAUCACUCACAUUUAUUGGAAAUUGGAGUAGACAGUGUUAUUGCUUGGUGGGCUCUGUAUCGUAAUAAUUUUCACAUUCCAGAAUGGAUUUUUCAUAAUAAAAUGUCCAAUGGUCUUCAAAAGCAUUUUUGACCUUUUAACGUUUACCUGUGAACGUUAUUAAUGGAAUGACACUCAACCGUAAAUGUACUUAUAGUGGUGGGGGGAUUGCUGAUGCUUAUUCAGCCAGUUCAUUUGCAGAAUUUUAAUAAUGUGCUAAAUGUCUAUGACGAUCGAUAUUUAGGGCAAGAACCUGAAGUGAAUUAUUAUUAUCCUGAUAUGAGAAACAAUAUCAUUUUUCAAAAACAUCAUUUUAAUAGCCUAUAUGAGUCAGCACAAACUAGGUGAUUUGAUCUGCACUGAAAAGAGAUUAGCAAACUUUUCUACUCAUCUUAACUGGAAUUUAUGAUUGAUAUUCCUUUUUUGUUUAGCAACUUGAUUAUUUCUGUCAACAAACUAUGUCCGUAAAACCUUAGCAGACACUUUUGCUUCGUCUCAAAAUCUGAUCCAUUUAAAAUCAAAUGACCUGGUUUUAUAUAUUUCUUGGACAACUUUAUGUAUAUCAUGAAAUCAUGAAAUGCCAUUGUGUACUUAUUAUGUAACUAUUAUUUUCGACUUAAUGUUUGCAUAUUCGACUUUAAAAAUGGCAACAACAAAAAAUUUCUGUCGUAAUAAUAUAUUAUAAUCCUUAUUUGUUGAUGGGUAUCCAACAAAUCUUAAUCCAUGAAUCCUUUGAAAAUAAAUUAAAAUCAAAUCAGUUGCAUUUUCAAUUGCAUAGACUUAAUUGCAAAAUGGUUCCUUGAUUAUCUUUACAAAUUGAUGUAUUAAAACAAUGUGGGAUUAAGAGAAACUUGAAACAUUUGCAAUGGCUCUCCAAAUGAAGAGUAAUUGCAAUACAAGUCGUGACCCAACAAAGAAUAAGCAUUGAAGCAAAAUUCCGAGUGAAAAAUCAUGACCUUGCUUAUGGUGUAAAAUUUUAACUGGCUUAUCACAUGUAAAAAAAAAAGUGUCAUUGUCCAAAAACAACAGAUCACCUGCUCUGAAAAUGCUACUUCUACUGGCCAUUAUAUUUGAUAUUUUAACUGGUUGGAUGGGAUUCAGAAAAAAAGGAUAUUUAAUUUUUAUCACAUAGAAACAUUGCAUAGUUUUUGACAAGUGGUGAAUGUAGUUGGUGAUAUAUUUACUUGAUGCUCUUGCCCUUAAUGCCAGCAUCCGUAAAAAUGAAACUCUUUCAAUACAUGUUACAGCAAAGGCAGGUUACGUUUUUUUAAAUUUAGGGUUCCACAUAAAAGAUGAAUGCCAGUGCUUUUUUUGUAGACAAAAAAGUGCCGGAAAGCAAAUGACAGUUCCUGCAACGCCAAUGGCUGCUGUAUAUCAAGCAACCUUACCAUUUCUAACGGUGCCGGUAUGUCGUACUGGCGUGUACUGAUUCAAAAACAACAUUGACAACUGUUCCUGGUCUCUUAAGAAUAUUAAAACGUAACUUUUAUGUACAGAGUUGUAGACUUGCAGUUGCAGUGUGUUUUUAGUUUAGUUUAGAGAUACAGCGCGGAAACAGGCCCUUCGGCCCACCGGGUCCGCGCCCACCAGCGAUUUUUUAUAAGCACAAUGUGAAAUGAUCAUUUAACAAGAGUACUCUGGUAAAUGAAGCAUCUUGACUACAUUCUGCUUUCUUCAUGUAAAACCCAGAAAUUAAUUGAAAGGAAUAAUGCAUUAUUUGCUGUUAUACCUAUUAUAGUGAAAAUAGCAGGUAGAAUUGCAAGUUAUCACAAUUGUUAGUUUUAAUACAUGAAAUCAUAAGGCUGUUUCAUUCUGAUUUUAAAGUAAAAGAAAUGUUGAUAUUGCUGGGGAUGCUUUGUCAGCACCUGUAUGUUUAGAUUUAUGUGUAGGAGCAUUGAACAGAGAACCAUAAUUAUGGAUUGUUAUUAUCUUCAGACUUCAUUUUGUUGUUAGUUAAUUGACAAUUUCAGAUAACUUCAUUAGCUCAAUACCUUAUUCAAAUGCCUGUGCAAUCUCCAUUUUAUAAAUUCUGUUAUUUAAAAAAAAAGAUUAUAUCAAGUUUUUUAUCAGUCAUGGAGUCAUACAACGUGGAAACAGCCCGAUCCGCCCAACUUCCCACGCCAACCAACAUGCCCCGUCUACACUAGGCCCAACUGUCUUUGUUUGGUCCCUAUUCUUCUAACCUAUCCUAAUACCUGUCCAAAUGUUUUUAAAACUUUUUGAUUUAACCUGCCUCAGCAGCUCUGACCACUCAUUCAAUAUUAUCAGGGAAGCAAAUCAACCACCACCCUUUGUGUAAAAGAAGUUGCCCCUCAAGCUCCUAUUAAAUCAUGUCUUGAACAAUCUCAUCCCAAUCAUUGAUAUAGAUGCCAAAUAGCAAUGGGCCCAGCACUUAACCCUGAGGCACACCACUGGUCACAGGCCUCUAGUCCAAAAAACAGAUUUCCACCAUUGGCCUCUGCUUCCUCCCAUGAAGCCAAUUUUCUAUCCAGUCAGCAAGCUCUCCUUGUGAUCUAACCUUCCAGAGCAGCCUUCAGAGACAUGCGGAACCUUGUCAAAUGCCUUGUUUAAAUCCAUACAUACAACAUCUACAGCUUUGCCCUUGUCAACCUUCAAACAGCUCAAUCAGAUGUGUGAGACACUGCCAAGUACAUUCCCUGAUCAAUCCUAUCAUGUAUGUCUUCAGAAUGUUCUAGUAACGUUCCAACCACAGAUGUUAGACUCACUGGCCUAUAGUUCCCUGCGCCAAUCAACUCGAGUGAGUUCCUGUCCAAUACCUUCAAAGUUGGCCUUGUCCAUUAGUAAAUUUACAUUAUUUAAUUACCUUACAUUUGGAAAAUUGCAUUGUGUACAGUUUCCCAGUAAGAUGGAAAUUGUUUUUGGAAUUUAAUAAGGUAAACUGUCCAUUGUCCACUUAAUUAUUUAAAUGUAUCUAUAGGAGAUGUGGUCAUAGUUGUUCAGCCAUUAAGUAAUUGCAACUGUGUAAGAAGUGUGAUUAGGCAAGGAAUUAUGCAGUCAGUUAUUAAAUCCACUCCCCUCCCCUGACUAGGUACAUUAAUUGCUGGGUUAUGAGCUCUUAAAAGUCCACAUAUGUUUAAAAAGACUUGCAUUAAGAAAUCUACACAGAUAUUUACAGAAUGCUGACAGCUAUGUUAAAUGUUGAUGGCAAAUACUUUAGCACACUUUAGAAAUUAUUUUCUAUUACAGACCAGUGCAUUUAAAGAUAAGGCUUAAUAUCAAAGUAAAAUUAAAAUGUUGCAUUUGUUGGAAAUCUGAAAUGGAAAAUAUUGGAAGUACCCAGAUAAUUGGGCAGAAUCUGUGGGGAAUAAAGCAGUUUUGGAUCUGCGAUCUUUCAUGAGUCCCAAUUAAAGCCAUUGAUCUAAAGCAUUAAUGUUAUUUAGUUAGUGUAAUUUAAUAACUUCCUGUUGGCAGGGAUCCAAAUGUUUUCUUAAUCCAUAACAAGGAUAUUAAUUGUCAUGCUUCCAGUCCUUUUAUUUUUGGUUUAAGUGCUCCAUAUAUUUUUCAACCAGUGCAGUUUAUCUCAGCAGAGUAUAUAGCAACUGUAGGUGACACACUGGCGCAGCUGGUAGAGUUGCUGCCUCAUAGCGACAGAGACCCAGGUUCAAUCCUGGACUCUGUUUCUUUUGGUGUGGUGCUUACAUAUUCUCACUAUGAUUUUUUUUCCAGUUUGGAAAAAGACAUGCUGUUUGUAGGUUAAUUGGCCUCUGUAAAAUUGCCCCAAAUGGAUGAGAAAAUCAGAUAAAAUAGAAUUAGUGUGAAUGGGCGAUCAAUGGACUUGGUGGACCGAUGGGCUUGUUUCCAUGCUGUAUCUCUAAACUAAACUGAAUUGGUGAUAUGCUAGAACCUCAGCUAUCAUAUGUUAAUGUGUGUCUGAGGAAAAGUUAAAUAACCUUUAGUUUGUUUGUUGUAAUCAUGGCAUUGUAAUUUUCUUUGUUUCCUUAUUAUAUUACUACAUGAGGUGAACUGAACAUGAUCGUGAAAUUGAAUGUAUUGGCUACAGAUUAUGACCACUCCACUUUUUUAAUGUAAUUAACAAUUCAUUUUCCUUUAAACAGAAAAUAUGGAAUUUAUCAAAACUGGAAUACUUUCAAAGAAUGCUGACUGGAUAUGAUUUUUAAAUCAUAAUUUUGAAUUGUAGAUAGGCCAGGAAGAUGUGUAUACAUUAAAUUAAUACAAAAUAUUUUCAUGAAGCAAUGUGGGAAACACAGAGCUAGUUUGGGCAGCAUCUGUGGGCAGUAAAAUAGUUGUUAGAGCUGUGACCUUUCUUGAGUCCCAAUGUUAAAGCAUUAAUGUUAGUUUUUAAUGUUAUUAAUCUGAUUCAUCAUAGCAUAAGAUUUUUUCAAAAUGUAGUGAUUUGAGUUGGAAGCACUGGCAGGUGUAAAUAUUAAAAUCAGUGGAAAGGAGAUGCAAGCACUCCCAUACAGUUGUAUAGAGACUUUCAUAUGAAUAUUAGAAAAAUGUAUAGUGUCAAAUAAUAUUUGAAGAGGAGACAGUUUAAUUAAAUAUUUGUAUUAUUGAAGUCUGCUGGAGGUGUUUAAAAUGAUGUUGGUGGUUAAGAUUAAGAAAUCAAACAGACAUUUUGACUACUAAAUUAAAUUCCUUUCAUACACUGUGCAAUAAAGUUGAAAAAAUGUUGGUCAGCAUGUUUUAAGAUUUUGUUGAUCUACUAACAUUUGUUUUUAUUGCUUUGAAUGUGUGCUGAGAGCAAGAGAUUGCUGGUUCUGCACUUGCACCUUUAAGGCUGUACAGCCUUCAUUUUUGAACCCAUAGAUUUGCUUUAUCAACACUUCAAAGCUCAAAGUGCAGCCUUCAUUGUGUUGCUGGAUCAUAGAUGGCAAAGUGUUUUGAGUACUGGAGAGAUUUUCUAAAUCACGGCUUUCAUUCAUAUGGUGUAAAUGUUCACUUUAUUGUGGGACUGCUUUAAUACAUUUCAUGGAUGCAUCCAAGAAUUUCGAGUUGGGUUAAGCAUAAAUUAAUACAUAUGAAUUAAUUGAAUUCUUAAGUCUUAUGUUAUCUGCCAGCACAUUAAUUACUGCCAGAUUAAUAUACUUAAAUUGAUGAUCAGUGCAGGAAAUUGAUUUUGCAAAGAUGAUUCCUCAUUGCAAAUAAUUCAUGCAACAGACUGCUAUUAUGCUACAUAUUUUUAAUUACCAAGCCAUUUUGCAAAUUGACAUCUCUUAAGUGAGUGUAUCCUUCCUUUCAAUUUAAAGGAAAGUAUGAUUGUCAGAAUUAUGGAGGAGUGCAGUUCCACUUUCCUGCUAUUCUCAGAAGCAUUGCAAAGAUUGAGGGGUGAAUGCUGAGGGAAGCUGACUUUGAGCAUAAAAGUUGCCUUGAUUUGGAACUAAAUGUGUAAAAUACAGGUAAAGUUAUCUAAUGUUGGGGACUUGUUUAAACUAUUCGUAUCUAAUCCAAACCUUUUAAAAAUUGUUUGGAAUUCUGUCAGGGUGCAUGAUUUUUUUGUGUAAAUAGCCUUUUUCAUAUUUGAUUUCUAUUUCCUGAUACAUUUAAAGCAAAUUUUAUUGGGGAAAUUGAGCCUGCAGUUUUGAAAGCUGGCAUUCCAUUGUUCUGCAUUGUUACUGUACCACAUGGUGCCCUGCGAAAGAUGGAAUCUUCAAUUGCAUCAAAUUUUUCACUUUUUCCAUUUCAUCAGAUGUGCCUCGUCUGUGAUUCUCUAUUCUUAACUAUAUUGUAAGUUUUAUGAAAUACAUCUAUCAUUGGGAAAAUAAUUACUACAAUUAUUUUUGAGAUAUUGUACAAAAUGUCCAUUGGUCUUGAAGUGGA